AGAUGGACUGGCUGUGGUUUCAAACAUGUCUGUAAAUAAAUGCCUGAGAUUAAUUUGCCUUGUUAUUGCAUCGAUUGUUGCUCAAACUAUCCGUUCGUGUUUGGAUGAGCUGCCUGGCUUCCCCAGAACACAGAUUGGUUUUAUUACUUUUGACAGUACAAUUCAUUUUUACAACAUGAAGUCAUCUCUUGAGCAGCCUCAGAUGAUGGUAGUUUCAGACCUGGAUGAUAUAUUUGUCCCAUUGCCAGAUGAUCUCCUUGUCAACCUAUCUGAAUCAAGAAAUGUGGUUGAAACGUUCCUGGAUAGCUUGCCGUAUAUGUUUCAGGACAAUGUGAAUGUGGAAUCUGCUUUUGGUCCCGCAGUUAAGGCGGCAUUCAUGGUUAUGAGUCAACUUGGAGGAAAGUUGCUAAUUUUCCAGAACACAUUGCCUUCCCUGGGAGUUGGACGCUUGAAGUUGCGUGGCGAUGAUCUUCGUGUCUAUGGAACUGAUAAGGAACAUAUAUUGCGAUUACCUGAAGAUCCCUUCUACAAGCAAAUGGCGGCUGAUCUCACAAAAUUUCAGAUAGGGGUUAAUGUUUAUGCUUUCGGGGACAAAUACACCGACACGGCUUCCUUAGGAACCCUGGCAAAGUAUACUGGAGGUCAGUAUUAUUACCCGAACUUCCAAUCAGGUAUUGACGGUGAGAAACUGAGGCAUGAAUUAGCCAGAGAUCUUACUAGGGAGACAGCCUGGGAGGCAGUUAUGCGCAUAAGAUGUGGAAAAGGAAUUCGAUUUACUACCUAUCAUGGGAACUUCAUGCUGAAGUCCACAGAUUUAUUAGCUCUUCCGACUUUAGAUUGUGAUAAAGCAUAUGCAGCGCAGUUAUCUUUCGAGGAGACAGUGCUGACGACUCAGACAGUAUAUUUCCAAGUUGCUUUAGUAUAUACUUCAUCCUGCGGAGAGAGGCGCAUUAGAGUGCAUACGGCAGCUGCCCCUGUUGUUACAGAUCUAGGGGAGAUGUACCGACAGGCCGACACUGGUGCCAUUGUUUCUUGUUUUUGUUUUGCAGAAAUCGAGAAAACUUUGACCAGUAAGCUUGAAGAUGCUAGAAAUUCUUUGCAACUAAGGAUUGUAAAAGCGCUCCGAGAGUACCGCAAUCUCUACUCUGUGCAGCAUCGCUUGGGAGAGAGGAUGAUUUGUCCAGAAUCUAUGAAGUUUUUGUGUUUGUAUGGAUUAGCACUCUCUAAAUCAGUACCUCUAAAAGGAGGAUAUGCUGAUGCUCGACUCGAUGAACGUUGCUCAGCAGGUUUCACCAUGAUGGCACUGCCUGUUAAAAGGUUGUUGAAGCUUUUAUAUCCUAGCUUGAUUCGAAUCGAUGAGUAUCUUUUGAAGCCAUCCGCUCAAUCUGGCGAUUCCGAAAACAAUACGAAGGGAUUGCCUUUGGUUGCAGAAAGCCUAGAUUCAAGAGGCCUAUAUUUAUACGACGAUGGCUUCCGGUUUGUUAUAUGGUUCGGUAGAAUGCUUUCGCCUGAUAUAGCUAGGAAUUUACUGGGGGCAGAUUUUGCAGCAGAAUUAUCCAAGGUUACCUUUAGUGAGCACGAUAAUGAAAUGUCAGCAAGGCUGGUGAGGAUAUUGAAGAACCUAGGAGAGGAUGACCCUUCACAUUAUAGGCUUCCUUAUCUCGUAAGACAAGGCGAGCAGCCGAGGGAAGGUUCGCUGCUGCUCGUAAAUCUUCUCGAGGACCAGAUGGGUGGUACCAGUGGUUACGUUGAUUGGUUAACACACAUACACCGGCAAGUCCAGCUAAAAGCAUGAUAAAUACAGGUGAAUUUUAGAGGUUGCUAAAUUUAGUAUCGUCAUCCUCAGCUUAGUGCGACGAUUACUCUAAUUCCGGCCGCAUAUACGGCCCCGUUCGACCUCCCAGUGUUAACAGUCUCCGAGCUCGGGCCUUCUUUCAAUGGAAAACAUUAGUUGAAAUGCUUCCGACUACUUCAAUUCCGCAGGGGCUCAUCGAAUUGUGGUUCUGUUCGUGUGUACCGGACGUCGCGGAUUCGUAGUUAAUCCGGGGAAUCCCCUCAGAAUACAUGGAACAUGUUAACCUGAAGAUUUGGUUGAUUACAAGAACCAAUAAGCAGGUGACCAAAUUAAGUGUAUAGACACGUAUUUUCGU